GCUUGUGCAACGGCGGAGAAUAUGUCUUGUUGUGCCUGUAGUGACGGCUGCCCUUGUUUGCGGAGCGACCCUACCAAAAAUGUGGAGGUGAUCUUAGGCGCUCAGUGGGGCGACGAAGGCAAAGGCAAAAUCGUUGAUACCCUGGCUAAGGACGUGGACAUUGUUGCCAGAUGCCAGGGCGGAAAUAACGCUGGUAAUGGAGUUGUGAUGCAUCUUCCUGGAUUCUUCAGCGAGCUGGAGAAGAACAACAUCACGGCCUUGCCUUCAUGGGAAAAGCGGAUCAUCGUGUCAGAUCGGGCUCACUUGGUGUUCGACUUUCAUCAGGAAGCCGACGGUUUGCAGGAAUUGAAAAUGGCGGAUAAGAAAUUAGGUACUACGCGAAGAGGAAUUGGUCCUACAUACUCAUCGAAGUAUUGGCGCAGCGGCAUCAGGCUUGCAGAACUUAUGUCGAACUUCGAUACGUUCUCGGCCAAAUUCCGUAAUUUGGCUGAUUUCUUUCAGCGUCAGUUUCCGUCGUUGACGGUCGAUGUCGAGUCAGAGUUGCGGAAGUAUAAGGAGUACGCCGAGAGGCUUACGAAACUGCAGAUCGUCAAGGAUACCGUGUUGUACUUCAGCGAGGCAUUCGCCAAAGAUCCACCGAAUCGCGUGUUGGUCGAAGGUGCGAAUGGAACUUUGCUGGACGUAGACUUCGGCACGUAUCCAUAUGUCACAAGCAGCAACUGUUCCGUCGGUGGCGUCAUUACUGGUCUUGGGAUCCCACCGAAUCGACUAAACAACAUUAUCGGCGUUUGCAAGGCAUACACUACCAGGGUUGGCGAUGGUCCCUUCCCUACGGAACAGGUUAACUCCAUCGGGGAACUGCUUCGAGAAAAAGGUCACGAAUACGGCGUCACCACUGGCAGGCCUCGUCGAUGCGGCUGGUUGGACUUAGUGCUCCUGAAAUACACGCAUAUGAUCAACGGAUUUACUAAGCUUGCAGUGACGAAACUCGACGUACUCGAUGAUUUUGACACUAUCUUAGUGGCGACUGGAUACAAAAUUGACGGCAAACCCAUCCACAGUAUACCAGCUUGUGAGGAAGACAUUCGUAAACUGGAAGUGGUAUAUGAAACGGUUGCAGGCUGGAAACAGAACACAAAAAGCAUCACCAGUUUCGAAAAACUGCCAGAAAAUGCCCAGAAAUAUAUUGAAAUGAUAGAACGCUACACAGGAAUUCCAGGUAAAGUUUAG